GGUGUGCUCAGGGGUCCCAGAGCACAACCUCAUUCACUGCAGAGUGCUCCUGGCCUGUAGAACUCGGUCCCUCCUGGAUCACGUCCACACUUUGAGUGUGUGUUUUCUGAGGAAAGCUUAGAACACGUUUGUUUAAAAGAACAAAUUGGAGAAAACAAAUAGAUUGCUGUUCGCAGUCUCUCUGGCUCUUGUUCACAGGGAAAACAAUGGCAUCAGUGCCUUCCAUUGGUUGCCUGCUGGCCAAAAAUCAGUAUUAUCGAAAGGCCAGUAUUUCUUCAGUUAGCUCUUUAACUGAUUCUGUUAACAUCAUACCUGAUGACAAAUCCCAACAAGGGUUACCGAAAGUGGAAGAAUCCAGCUGGUGGUUUAAAUCCUUUUUCCGUUCUGAACCUGUGCUUUCAGUUGUGAGAGGAAAAGAUCUGUCUGCUAGUGGAGAGAGACACAGCGAGAGAGGGAACACAAGCAGGGGGAAUGGGAGAGGGAGAAGCAGGCUUCCCGCGGAGCAAGGAGCCCGAUGCGGGGCUCGAUCCCAGGACCCUGGGAUCAUGACCUGAGCUGAAGGCAGAUGCUUAACGACUGAGCCACCCAGGCGCCCCAAGGUACUCAACUAGACUCCAGUCUCCCAAAUUCUUACUUCAUAUGAGUUCAGGAGAACAUUCUAUCUGUGACUCUUGGGCAAGCUGGAAUUCACACUUGUUCUCCUGCAGAACUGAGGGAAUGAGUCUACUAAAUGCCUGCUAAGGAAGUUUCCAGAUUGUGGAAUGGUAGAAGGGAAGAAUGACUAGUAUGCUGAAGUUAAAAAUAACCACUGAGGCUUUAAACUUUAAGAGAGUAGAACAACAGUAAUAUUUAAAAUAGCUUUAAAGAAGGAAAAAAUGAGAACAUAUAUUCAUGAGUUUUAUUAUUGCCUGAGGUUUUAUUUUAUUUUUUUGCAUGAGGUUUAAUACAAUGUAUUUUGUAUUUUAAGAAUGAUCUUCUUUUUAAAAAUUCUAAUUGUUUUGUAUUUUUUCCAAAAGUAUAAUUUCUAAAAUAUACUAUGCUCACCCAAUAGUUCCUAAAAAUGGAAUAAAAUUUUAUAACAAUUACAGGAAAUUGAUAGGUAAAGCAUUUACUUUUAUUGGAAAGUGUUCAUACAAAGUUUUCAAAUUUCUAAUAAUUUCCUUUCUUGGGUGGCUCAGUCCAUUAAGUGUCUGCUUUCGGCUCAGGUCAUGAUCCAGGGUCCCGGGAUUGAGCCCCGCGUCGGCCUCCCUGCUGAGCAGGGACCUGCUUCUCCCUCUCCCUCUGCUGCUCCCCUUGCUUGUGCUCUCUCUUUCUCUCUGUCAAAUAAACAAAUUAAAUUUUUAUGCAACAAUAUUAAAAUAAGGAAUUCAAUAUUGAUAUAAGGUGUGUUUAUAGUCCUAUGCCAUUUUAUCACAUGUAGAUUUGUGUAACCACCUCCACAAUCAAGGAUACAGAACUAUUCCAUCACCAAGAAUUUCCAUCCCUCCACUACCUAUACCUCUCCCUCUCCACCAUCCUUAACCCCUGGCAACCACUAACCUAUUUCCACCUCUAUAAUUCUGUCAUUUAGAGAAUUAUAUAUAAAUGGAAUAAUACAGUAUAUAUGCGAUAUAAACUUUUGGGAUUGGGUGUUUGUUUAUUUGUCUGUUUUUUCAUUCACCAUCAUUGCUUUGAGAUUCGUCCAAGUUGCUGCAUGCAUGUGUCAAAAGCUCAUUUCUUUUAUUGCUGAGUAGUGUUCCGGGCUAUAAAUGUACCAGUUUGUCUCAUUAUUCACUCAUUGAAGGGCAUCUUUCCAGGUAGGAUUAUUAUAAACAAACCUGCAAAAAAUAUUGGUGUACAUGUGUUUUAUGUGAACAUGACUUUUCAUUUCUCUAGAAUAAGUGCUCAGGUGUAAUUGCUGGGUCAUAUGGUAGCUGUUUGGUUUUAUAAGAAACUGAAAAACUGUUUUCAGAGUGUCUGUACCAUUUUACAUUUCCCCAAGUAAUUCAUGAGUGAUUCAGUUUUUCUAAAUCCUCUCCAAAAUUUGAUGUCGUCACUUUUUUGUUAUUUUAAUGCUGCUUUGAUAAGUGUGUGGUGCUAAUUUUUGCUUCAAUUAUCAAUCAUCAUUUAGAAAGCUCAAGAGAAAACUCCUCCUCCUCUCAAAUGAGCCAAAUGUUAGAUCUUUUGUUAUAGUUCAACGGAACCUUCAGAUUCUGCCCAUUUUUUUAUUCUAUUCUCUCUCUGUUGUUCAUGAAGAGUAGUUUCUACUGUUCUAUCUUCAAGUUUACUGAUGCUUUCUUCUGUCCCCCUCAUCCUACCUUUGAGCUCAAAUUUGAGCUUUUAAUUUUGCUUAUUGUAACUUUCAGUUCUAAAAUUUUCAUUUAAUACUUCUUUGUAUCUUCUAUUUUUGCUGAGACUAUGUUUUUCUUUUUUAAAUUUGUUUCAAGCAUGUUUGUAAAUUGCUCGUUGAAGCAUUUUUAUAAUGACUGCUUUGAGAUCCUUGUCAGAUAAUUUCAACACUUGUUUCAUCUCAGCAUUGGCAUUUAUUGACUUUUUUUUUUUUUUUCUCAUUCAGUUUGGGAUCUUCCUGGUUCUUGGCAUGACAAGUGAUUUUCAUUUGAACCCUGGACAUUUUGAGUAUUACAUUAUAUGAUUCUGGAUCUUAUUUAGAUCUUAUGUUUUUUUAGCAAACUCCUCUGACACCGUUCCAAGGGGUGGUAGUAUGGCACUAUCUCAUCAUUGCCAGGUAUAUGUGGGAAUCCAGGCUGUCCACUAGAUUUUUUGACACUUGGAAGGAGAAGAGCUCCUUGUUACUGCACAGUGGGUCCACAGUCCUGAAUCUCCACCUGGCCUCAACUGACAGCAGCCAGUGGGGAGCAGGAGAGCCCCCUUGUUACUGUUGAAUGAUGUUGGAAGUAUGGGCACCCUCAUGGCCACCAAUGACACCAAGGGUGAGGAGAUUUAUUAAGAGCUGGUGCGGAUGACAGUCUACUGGGGGGGUCAUUGACAGGACAUGACUGCUGGUUGAUCCAUGAGCUGGACCGUAGGCAGUUUAGAGGCUCCCCACCCUUCCACCAUCCUUGGAAUUUGCUUUCCAUUUGCCUUUCCAGCACAGAAACUGCCCCAAGGACACAGCCUUGAUAUAGUGAUGUGGUGUUGAGGCCAUCUGAACAGUAUACCUCACUGAGCCCAGUUAAGACCAUACAAACUUUUAAGAUUUGGCCAGCAGGUGCAGACAUCUAUUCAUCUUGCAGCCGUCCAAGACAAGCUUCAUAUGUAAGUUCCCUUUGCUCAUUAAAACUGCCUCCUACCAACCUGGAGUGGCCUGCCUCUUUCUUCAGUCUGUCCCUGCCCUGCAUACUAGGGUUAGUUUCAAAUUACACCUGGCAAACUCCUGAGAAGCUUGUGAAUCAACAAUUGACAAGCCAGCCAGGAGACAGAAGAAAUGGAUCUUGGGAAAGAGGUAUCCAUGGGGAAUUCAAUCCUUGAUUUGGCAGUGACCUCUAUGUGGGGAGGGGUGGCCCGUAUGUGAACUGUUCUGUGAAUACAGGGAUGCCCUGAAAAUGUCAGAUGGCCUAAUGCACUUGUAGGAGGAGCUGCACACAGCACAUUGUGGUGAAGAAGAGAAAAGCACAUCUGACACAAUGAGCUGGUCUCUCCCAUGGGCAGUUCCACUGGCCCUUGAUGCUCAACUAGAGGCUGAAGCUCAGGUUAGAGAGUUGGAGGAGCCGAGGUUAGACAAGGUUGUCCACUACUCUGCUGGCUUUGGGGCUAACUAACAAGGUGGGAGAGGUGGUAUUUUAGCGUGGUAUUUUGCAAAGCUAAGAGGGCAAAAGCUGCCUCAGAUUAAGGUCUGAGCACUUGUAACAAAACCUGACUGGGACGCUAAGCUAUGGAGUCCCUGGAAAAAUGAGGAAAGCAAAGAGAAUGUUGUGAUGAAGAAGUGGACAAAUGUUUCAUGCUGUCUGACCCCUACUACAAAAGAAAAUUUUAAAUAGCAAUGACCUCAAAGCUCCUAGGAGAAAACUUGACUUCUUUCACCAUCCUUUGAAGUUGUAAAUCUUGUCCUGUCUUAAACACUCUAAGAGAUAACCAAAACACUGCCCACAGAGUUAAAAAGGAAAAAAAAAAAGAAACAAAGAAAAGAAUUUUAAUACCAAAAGUAUACUGGCGCAAAUUUAGAACUUGGUUCUCUCUCUGUUAAAAGAACAAAGUUGUCUUCAAUUAACAGCUUGCUAGUUUAAAAAAAAAAAAAAGCUUUUGUUUUGUUUUGGUCUGAUUUUACCUUUGAUGUAAUGUGCCUAGAAAACAAAGAUUCUGUGCUUUGUUUUUAUCAGGUCUUUGAUUACUCAAGGAACUGAGUCUUGAUUAAAAGAACAGUUUUCAACAAAUAUGUAAUUUUUUAUGUAAUUUUUGUAUAUGUUAAAUUUCAUAGGAAACACUGUCAAAUAAGAGGUAAUGAUAAACUUUUUUUUAGAGUUUGUUUAUGUAAAAUUCCAAAAAAUCUGAUAUAUCUUGGUAUAAUGUUAUUAUUCAUAAAUUUAAAGUGCAUGUCACAGAAAUAAAUUCCCUUGUCAGUUGCUUUACAACAAACUCUCAUCAUAUCUUUAACCAUAACCAAUUUUAAGUCCUUCGCUGUUUGCUGACACUUACUGUUUUACUCUAAUGCUUUUACGAAAAGUAUGCCUAUGAAAGUGCUUUAUUUUCAAGGAAAAGACUUUGACAAGUUUCUGAUAUAGCUAAGAUCAUUUUUUUUUUCAUGUGG